GCAAGCUACCAUUCGUCAGAAAAGAGGAAAAUUAGUCAUAUAUUUAGCAGUCAUUUCCCCUUUUUUUGGGAAAUCCAAACACAUAUUUUCUCUCUGUCUGUGCCUCUGUUUCUCUUAUCCUCACUCUACGGAAGGAAAGAAAGUUGGGUCUAAAAUGUUACUUGGUUUUGACACAAGUCUGAUUGGGCAAUGACAGACAAAUUUCCGCUCUGUGUAGAGCUCAGCCCUAUAUAAGGUCCUCACUAGGAAUUUUCAGUCUGAUAGCUUCUUUCUGUGAGACAUAUCUGAAAGACUACAGAAACACAGAUUUCAAAACACUUUCCUUCCACCCUCUCCUUCUGAUUUCCUGUGGAAAAAAUGCAUGAGCUCUUCUUUGUCCUGGUGACAUGCACAGUAGGUGCCUCUGCUUUCAGACUCCAGCAAGUCAAAAAUACAGAAAACUGCCCAGAUCACACAGUGUUUUACAAACACUACUAUGAACUGCAUGGAGAACCUGUGGUUCUGAAAUGCCCUUCCCCCAGAUACAAACAUUUGGAUUUCUCUGCCUUGACCCAUAAUAUCACAUGGUAUAAAAAUGGUUCAAACACCAUGAUAUCAGGAAGAGAUGAAGAUUCAAGAAUCUGGGCGAAAGGAAAUGCUCUCUGGUUUUUACCAGUGAUGCUAGAAGACUCAGGAGUAUAUAUCUGCACAAAAAGGAACUCCUCCUACUGCGCCGAGGUCUCCAUCCACCUCACAGUUGUGGAGAAAACAGCUGCUCGGGAGAUUUCCUAUCCCCAGAUCCUCUUCACUUUCACCUCUGGAAAGAUUGUUUGUCCUGACUUGUGGGAUUUUUCACCAAACAGGACAAGCCUGGAGCUCAAGUGGUACAAGGAUACUCUGCUUUUGGAAGACAGCAAUGAAAGAUUCAUCAUUCUGAAAGAUUCAGCAUCUCUGAUCAUGACAUCUGUGCUACCAACAGAUGCGGGGUAUUACACCUGCAAGAUGUCAUUUCCAUUUGAAGGUGUGGCGUAUGAAAUCACCAGGACAAUUCAACUGAAGACUGUUGAACAAGAGAAGAGAAUUACCCCGAUAAUUGUGUAUCCAGCCCAAAAGACAACAUCGGCUGCUCUUGGCUCUAAGAUGACUCUCCCAUGCAAAGUGUUUGUUGGGCUGAGCAGCCAUUUCCAAACUGAUGUGGAAUGGCUGGCAAAUGACACCAGUGUUGAUGUGGUUUAUAAACAAAGCAGAGUUACAGAGGGGGAACGACAAGAAAUUGUAGAAAAUGGGGAAAACUUCAUUGAAGUACCACUGAUUUUUGAUUCUGUUGAAGAAGUGGACUUUUAUACAGACUUUACCUGUCUGGCCGAGAACAGAUAUGGAUACCAAGUUCUGCCAACAAGGGUCAAGCAGGAAGCUGUUGGUGUGUCCUGGUACAUUGUGGUGAUACCUGUUGCACUGGCAUGUGCGAUCGUGGGAGGGAUAUACAUGCACAAGUGCUGGAAACGGAGAGCUGAUAAAGGAUACACAAUACCAAAGGUUUAAAAUCCACUUGGUUCUCCAACUGCCAAAAGAACAAAAAAUCACCCUGGCUAUCUUUCACAUCAGACACAGAGAGCAUUUCAGUCCCAAUAUACUGAAUUCGCAACAGACUCAUAAUAACAACUCUUUCCCACUUUUCCCAGUCUUCUAUGAUCUGAUGAAGUUAAUAAUAUAAGUUUGCAUUUUUAUGCUGCGUAGAUGCAGGAAAUCUGGUUCUAUUAUUUUGCACCGAGGUUGCAAUCUGUAGAAUUUUGGAGCACAAAAUCUUGCUCUGGAUAUGGGAAGGGCAGGGAAAGGGAGGUGUCCUCACUCUUUUUAAUUCCAGUACAUGUAAUAUUUUUUUUAAAAAAGGAAAAGAAACCACUAAAAUCUUAAAAGGGAAACUAAGGAAGCUUGCUACAGAAGGACUAUUUGAAACUAGAGUGAAAAAGCAAUUUUUCUGUGCAACUAAAUUUAUUUUACUUCGGUCUAAAAAGCGCCAUUUGUUUUCCCUUUUCCAGAGCCAAAUGCAGUUGCCAUGGCAACUGUAUAUCUAUGAACUUCUCCACAGAAAAACUGGUUUUGUUCAUCAUUUGGAUUACACUUUGCUUAAAUAGACUGUCUCAGAAUAUCCUGCCCCCAGAGAUAUCUCCAUCUGUAUAACAGAUAACCGUACACAGAAGAAUUCAGUUCUGUUUUAUCUACCAAGAUGUUGUAGCUAGAGAUUCAUAGGCAGCUGUAACAUGUUGUCAUCUUUGCCAAGGAAAGAAUUGGAGGGAUGUUUAACUAUUUUGAGAGUAAUUUGACUAAUAAAAAGUUUUAUUCCUGGAAGCAAUUGGACUGAUUGCAAGUAAUAAUGAACAGUCUCAUGCUUUUGUGCCUCCAGCCCUUUUGUGACCAAUCUGGUGUAGCUUCAGAUUGUGUCCUUUAAAUUGCAUUAUGCAACUUGGUUACACAGGAUUCAAAACACUGCCUGUUAGGUUAAGCUAGCUGGAUUCUAGUCUUGACAUAAAUCAUAAGGGAGCAAUAAAUAAUCAGUGACUAUGUUGUACUUUGAGAGUCAGAAUGAAAAUUACUUGGUUACUUCCUCUCUUCCUCUUCAAAGAGAUACCACUCAUGACAGCUGAGAAAUUGUUGAAUGAUAUAUAAUGUGUAUUAUCUUCAUCUGUACAGGAGGGAAGAGAACCUGCAGUAAGUCCUAGAUUAGUACAGAUCCAUAACUGACAACUCUUACAUUCAUCAAGGAUAAAACUUUUUGUUCACAUAAGUCAUCCCAGAGGAUUUUCAAACUCCAUAGGAAAAAAAAAUCAGGAAAAGCCUUGGCUCAAAAAACCCGAAUAGUAACACACUAGAGAAGUGAAUGGCUCACAUCCACCUGGGAGAGACCAUGACCUUGUGCCUUUCCACCACUGCUUCAAGUUGGCUCUGACUUUGGCCCAAUAAAUGUCUGGAAGGAUUUUAAAGAGUAGGAUGUGGUUUGAGUUAAGAAAUAUUCACUCUAUUAGCAAGAACAUUAAUAUGUAAUGAGAUUUAAACCAAAGGCUCCUUUUAAAUACUCUAAAUGUUUGUUGAGAAGAUUCAGGCACAGAGAUUAGAGUUCUGACGUAGUUUAGGUCAAAGACAUCCAGAGAACACCACAGGACUAAUUGUUUCCAAGUGUAGAAUAUUAAAGAUGAUAAGGACUACAAAUAUUUUAUGGGCAGAUGGGAAAAAGGUGGAUGCAAGUGUGGAGAACAGUCAGUCCACUUGGAUAUCUGUGCUUUGAAGGGAGAAAGCUAUAGAUGAACUGACCAGUGUUGGAGGGAACAUCAAAAAUGUUUUAGGAGCAUCAGGAAUGUUCAUUAUUUUCAAGCAAUUGCUAGUCUGCACCUACAGAACACAUUAGGUUUGUCAAUAAGUGUAAUGUUUAAAAAUGUGAUUUACCCUUCCUUUCCAUCUGUAUCCUCCAAGAGUAGUGUGAUCACAUACCUGGCUGUAGAUGCAGGGUUGGAUUUCACUAAGUACUGGAAAAGAAGCAGAGCUUUUGAUAUACAGGAAUACCAGUGCCAUAAGAAAGUUAAAUACCUCAGAUCCUUCUCCAAAGCCAGAGAAGGAGAGAAAAAUAUGAAAGUAAGAUAACAAUUAGGUGUUUAGGGAAUUGCUGUUACAUACUCAGUGGCAUCUUGAGUGCAAGAGAAAAUAAAGAAACAAUGGCUUAUCUUUUAUGAAGUGAUACUUCCUUCUCUGACUACUAGUAUAAUAAUAUUCUGACAGCUUUCCUCAUAUGUAGAUGUCUUCAGGUGAACUACACAGUGUAAAUAUUUUACAGAUAGAUUUGAACAAGUGAGCUACAUAAUGCAAAUCCUUUACACUGGUUUAUAUAAUUAUACACAAGGGCAACAUGGUUUAUCAAGGUUUUGAAAAUGUUAUGUGAAAAAAUGGAAAACAAAUAAAACCCAAACCAAAAUGCUGGUGUGUGAGUUGAAUGGGAAGAAAGAUGGGAGCUAUGAGAUGGC